UCAGCCGUCGGAAGAUGAUUUGUUAUUAUUUCUCUUUUGUUCGAUCGUUCCUCUCCUGAUGAAAAUACAUAUAGCAAAAACCAUUAUUAAUGGUUUGGCGUGAUGAAUAACCACAACAGCUUCAAUCAUCAUGUAAAAAGUCGAUCAGAGGUUUCCAAUAUAUCCAUUAGUGAUGAUGAUGCUCCAAUAAAUAAGAAACUCCCAAAAGAACUGUUAUUAAGAAUAUUUUCAUUCCUAGAUGUUGUUUCAUUAUGUAGAUGUGCCAAAGUAUCAAAGUUUUGGAAUUUGUUAGCAUUAGAUGGAAGUAACUGGCAAAGAGUUGACUUAUUUGAAUUUCAGCGUGAUAUUGUUGGUCCUGUUGUAGAAAAUAUAUCCAAGAGAUGUGGAGGGUUUUUAAAAUCUCUUAGUUUACGUGGCUGUCAGAGUAUAACAGAUAAUGCGUUAAAAAUAUUUGCACAACAAUGUAGGAAUAUUGAGGAAUUAAAUUUGAACAAUUGUAAAGAAAUUACCGAUGUUACUUGUGAACACUUAGGGAAGCAUAGUCAUAAGUUAAGUUGGUUAGAUAUCAGUUCCUGUCAGCAGAUUACUGAUAAAUCCCUGAAAGCCUUAAGUGAUGGGUGCCAUACUCUGCAGUUUAUAAAUAUAUCUUGGUGUACCAGAAUAACAAAUGAUGGGUUAGAGGCUAUGAGCAAAGGUUGUCAUAACUUACAUACAUAUAUAGGCAAAGGUUUAACACAGGUCACAGAUGAAGGUGUUGGUUUUAUAGCUAAAAAUUGCGAAAAACUGAAGAAGAUCAACCUCCAUAGCUGUACAAAUAUAACAGAUGAUGCUGUACAGGAGAUUGGUGACCACUGUCAUCAGAUAUUAUUCUUAUGUCUCUCUAAUUGUACACGUCUGACUGAUGCCUCCCUAGUCUCUUUAGGUCAAGGAUGUCAUAAUCUCACUACAUUAGAAGUUGCUGACUGUUCACAUUUCACAGAUAAUGGAUUCCAAGCCUUAGCAAGGAAUUGCAGCAAUUUGGAAAAAAUGGAUCUGGAAGAAUGUAUACAGAUAACAGACACAACACUGAAUUACUUAGCAAUGUUUUGUCCUAAGCUUAGUGCAUUGAGUUUAUCACACUGUGAGUUACUGACAGAUGAAGGUAUUAGACAUGUAGGUGCCAGUGCCUGUGCUACGGAACAUUUAAAAAUAUUAGAACUAGAUAAUUGUCCUCUAAUUACUGAUGCUUCUUUGGAACAUUUAAUGGGCUGCCAAAGUCUAGAAAGAAUAGAACUUUAUGAUUGUCAGUUAAUUACUAGAGCAGGUAUCAGGAGAUUAAGGACAAGACUACCAAAUAUCAAAGUCCAUGCAUAUUUCGCACCAGUGACACCACCACCAUCAGUUGGGAAUGGACGUCAACGUUAUUGCAAGUGCUGUACAAUUCUUUGAUCUUAUGACAAUGUAUUGUAAUAUGUCUAUUUCAAGUAUUGUCAUAUUCAUGUUGCUUAUGUUAUGUUAACCUAACGGAAAGAUCUGUUUUGAUAUACAGAUACAUAUGUAUUGUCAGGAAUUCUGUUUAUUGAUAUUCAAAAACUGUUUUGAUAGUGCUUCAUGGUAUGUCCUUGUAAAAGAAAACCUAUUUAAUUCUAUUUGCAUAUUUUAAGCAUUUAACUAGUAUGUUUAGAUAUUGUCUGGCUUUGGAGUGACUAGGACACAAGACACUACAGUUUACCUAAAAUUAGUGUCAUAUUUUAUUGACUGUGAUGAGAUCAAUUACUGGAUUUGUACAUAUUUGACGGCACAAAAUUAUGAUACUCAACACACACAAGAUUUUUUUAAACAAAUGUAUCAAAUCCGUUAUUAAAACUUGAUGGCUGUUUAAGAAAAAAACAUUUUUUUACAAAAUUGAGCUUAACACUAUUUAUGGAAUUUCUGUGUAAUUUUUUAACAAAAAAAAGAAAAGCAACAUGUGUGCAAGAGUAAUAAAUGUUUUCAUCCAUUGGUAUAAGAAGUAAUGAUUUAGUACUUAGUAUGUGUAUAAUGGUAUCAUUUUGCAAAAUGUUUUCAGGUAGGGAUAUUAUUCAAAUUAUCACUUCACAAAUUAUUAUAUAAAAAACUUUGCAACAUAUGACCUUGUUCAGAUUAUUUUGGGGUUAAAAUUGGAAGAUGAAAACUAUGGUUCUGAGAACUUUCAGUGUUGCCCUACACUGCUCAAAAUUUUCAUGAUGAACCAAUCACAUACUGUUUUGAUUCUGGUUCCUUACCUGAAAGAAGAAGAAAAAAAUCUUUGUAGAUUAUAAUUUGAAGUUUUAAAUCCUCAAAGUCUUCUUGCAUGUAACUAACAUUUUCUUUAUAUUUAGAUCUUAGUUUUGGAUUGUGGCAACCCAUUGCUUUAAUUGUACGUAAUAUUUUAUUUUUAAUAUAAAACUGAUGUGCAAUGAAGUGUGUUCACAUUAAAGGACUGCAUAACCAAUUCCACAAUGAAAUUUAUACAUACACUUUUUUUUAUUUUUGGUAUUUUAACAUGUUCUUGAGGUUUUAAUAGUUUUUGAUAAUUUAUGAUAGAAAGUUUUUACAACACUUUAAUUUUGAAUUAAUGACAUAUAUUUUUUUGGAAGGAAAAACAGUAUUUAAAAUGAAAUUGGUGAAUACAAAACUGCAAUAAAUAUGUUUGCAUUUACUGUAUACAUGAUCUAAAUGACAAGAUUUAUUUCAGAAAAUUCAGUUUAGGUUCCAGAUUUUUACUGAAAUUUAAGUCUCUCUACAGAGCACAAUUUGUGUUCAGCAUAUGCUUUUAAUAGAACCCCUUUUAACUUUAACAGUAGAUAUUAAAUCCUGCUUUUAGUUAGAAUUGAAAUACUUAAUAUGGCAAAGCUUUUACUAUUAUAAAUAUUGUGCAUUAGUAACAUUCCUAGAGCAUUACUUGUUUGACAAAGUAUUAUUGAUACAGUAGUUUCUUAUGAUCUCUUGAUCAUUCAUGGUGUGUGACAUUGAUUAUCAAAUUGAAAUUGUCUGAAAUUGAUUCAGUAAACUGCUAUCACUUUAUAGAUUUUCACUGUCAGAAUAUAUUUGAAAUACAGAAUUUUCCAGCAAAGAAUUAUUGAAUGGUUACCAUCCAAUAAGUGUUCCAAUUCAACACAAAAUUUAUAUGUAACCACCAUUUACUCAUAUUCAAAGUCUGAAAAACAACCAUUUUGCUCCAGGAGAACAUUGUUAUAUUAUACAUAAGAGGCAUAAGAGUAAAAUAUAUUAUGACAUGAAUAUGUUUAGGGAUCAUACUGUAAAUCCAGAAAUUAAUGCGAGGCUUUUAUUAUUGCGAAAAAUGCGACAGAGUUGUAAAUGCAAUAAUUUAAACUCGCAUUUUGAAAUGUUUAAUAUGAUUAAAACAGGAUUUUUCUCAAAAUCGUAAUAAUUAAAAUCGUAUUUAAGUCUAAAAUGACAAAAUCGCAAUAAUAAUAGCACGCAAUAAUUUCAGAAUUUACAUUAGACUGAUUUUGGACUGGCAAAAAUGUAGUAGGACAAGUAAAAAGUAAAGAGUAUAUCCCUUCCACAGUCCUUUUUUGCUUUGUUGCUGGUGGACAUACUGGACAUCAGCACUAGUAAAUGAAUCUUAGUCUUAAGCAGCUAUUUUGAUCUUACACAAGUUAAUAAACGUAUUUACACUUUUGGUAUUUAGCUGAAUCUUGCCUCCAAAUGACCUUAGAUCUACUCCGAAUCACCUUUUGACGUCAAUCAACAAUCACUUUUAAAUUGUGACGUCAAAUAUUUUAAAUUAUGAUGUCAAACUUUAUGGGAACUUGUGUGAUUUUACGUAGUGGCGGACAAAUUUGCAUACAAGUGUAAAUACGUCUAUUGUAAAAUAAGUACAAUUCAGACAUUUCUCUUGCUUUCAAUCAAGUACUGUUCAGUAGCUUUUCAGACAAUUUAGUAUGAUGUUGUUAUUAACAGAUGAAUAAAACUACUUAACAAACUAAAAAUAGACUGAACAGAACUAAAUUGACUGCAAGCAAAGUACUUUAAAAUUAACUAAGUUUGAAAAUUUGCCUGAAAGAUUGAACAUUUAUAGUCAAUCUUUUAACACACUAUUCAGAUCAAAAAUCAUAGCUACUGUGGAUGAACAAUACUUCUAAUUAAUUGUCAAACAGUAAAAAAAAAGAAAUAAAAAUCUUGCACACUUGUUUGAGUUAUUAUCCACAAAAUUACAUAUUACUGAACAUGAGUAUGUGAGAUUUGUCAUUGAUAGUGUAAUGUGAUAGUAAAUAAGCUGUAGUCUUAAUAUUGCUGUUGCAUUUAUAUAACCUGUACAAAACUUAGGUUUUAUUUAUCACAUGAUCCGAGAGUGAGUGUGUAUUUGUUCAGAUGAGAUUUUUGUAUGCUUGACUAUAGCAGUGUAAGAAUGUAACAAUGAAGCUUGAGUAUUUUAAAGCAAAAUAUGCGUUUAUUUUUGAUAGUGUGUGAAUGUGGAAACUGACCAAUGGUUUUUGUAUAAUCAUGAUCUAUGUUAUUGUAUUGAUAUCUGAAUUAUAUAGUUUUUGAUUGUGAUUUUAUGGUUUACCUUACACUUCCUAAACAAAAAAAUCUACUCACUUUUACGUUAUUAUACUGAAGCUUAUUUUUUCACAUUUUUGUCUCUUUUCUAAGAUAGAUACUGUCUUUCCUAAUUCCUUUGUUUUGUCUCAACUGUGAAAAUAUUACAGAAUGUUAUAUAUACAUGUUUUUUCUUCCACAAGUAUGCUAUUUUCCAUCCCUGAUUGAACCCUUUAUUGUGUAGAAAAUUGAUGCAACUUAAAAUUGAUCGCACGAAAUAUCCCUGUUUCUAUAUUUGGUAAAUGAAGCAACAGUGAGAGUUUUAGUAUAAAAUGUUUUGUAAGCACUGAAAUUAAAGCAUCUUAUAAACAUAAGACUACCCCAGGGGUAUUACCAGCCCAGAAGUGCUGACAUGACUUAUCAUUUAUAAAUUAGCUAUUGACAAAACUUUUUAAAUUUUGAAAAACUAAGGCUUUUCUACCUCAGGAAUAGAUUACCUUAGCUGUAUUUGGCAAAACUUAUAGGAAUUUUUGUCUUCAAUGCUUUUCAACUUCGUACUCUAUUUGGCCUUUUUAACUUUUUUGGAUUUCGAGUGUCACUAAUGAGUUUAUUUAACUACCCAUAACAAGUUUAGAUGCAGGCAAAUAUCUCAUCUUUUAGAAAUGGAUAUUUUUUGUUGUAUCUAAUAGCUUAAUUCUGUUGAGAAGGGAUAAAUUGAUAAUAACCUUGAAAAUUAAAAGAUACUGUUAGCAAUCCCAUGAAAAUAUUAAUUAUUUUUUUUUCAUUCCUUCUAUGAAUUGUUAUAGAUCUGUUUUUCAUCAAAUUUCGCACAGAUGUAUGGUUUCUAAUUUGUAUGUCUUGUAUUGUCCAUAUUCUUGAUUUUGUUUCUUCCUCAAUAUACAAGCUAAUGUGAUUUCUUGUGCUUAUAUACACACUUUUUUUUCACACUUUUAUGUUCAGUGUUUUCUUGCUUUUCUUCAGUCCAGUAAAUUGAUCAACCUGUGCACUCAAGUUUAGCUAAGUGUUACCCAGAAUAGUGUUUUGUAUGUAUGAUGUAUCAUCACUGAAAUGUGUCAUAAAUAUUAAGCAUAUUGUGAUAUAAAAUAUUAAUAAUACCA